AUGGCACCGAAAGAAAAAAAUCGUCGGAAGAGGAAACUGGAAGUGCAGAUUUCGGAGGAUGAAGCGGAGGUGGAUGUGGUUGGCGAUGAUGCUGUUGUAGUGGAUGAUAGUGGUGCAAACGAUACCACUAACACAUUGGUAUGA